AUGCAGCAUCCACGGCGAAAGGCCCUGCCGGAAACGUCGCCGGGUUCUGCGACUGAGGUGCCUGACGUCACUGGCCGCGUGCGCCGACAGCGAGAAGAGGAUCCGCACUGCGGCCGUCAGGCCAAUUUCAAGCCCGCCCAGCGCCCAGACCGGCAUGUUCUGCGGCUGUUGGUCCUGCCGUCGACUGGGCUCGCUUACGGUCUCGCUGGACACGGACAAGAUACUGCGUAA